CACGCCUUUAGCCAACCAUUUUGCUAACGACCCGAGAGAGACCUUUGCGCGUGUCCGUAAAAUUUUAUUUCUCUUUUUUUAUUAAAAAACAAAAUUGCAUAAAGAAGGAUGUCGAAUUUUUCUGACUCGUUCGACGAUGACUCACUCCAUCAAACCGAGUCAGCUCACCAUCUCGACGACGACGGCGAUAACGGUGGUUACGAUGACUACAACAAUAACAACUCUCAACAAUUCGAAUCAUUUACGGGAAACGACGACGUUUUCGAGUCGCAUCAUCAUCAACCUGCGGCUUACGUGGAUUUUGCAUCGGAGGAGAAUGGUGGAUCGGACGGUCCGAUUUUGCCGCCACCAUCAGGUAUGGAAGCUGAAGAAGGAUUUGCUCUUAGAGAAUGGAGAAGGGAGAAUGCUUUGAAAUUAGAGGAGAAAGAGAAGAGGGAGAAAGAGAUAUUGAGUCAAAUAAUUCAGGAAGCUGAUGAAUACAAGGUUGAGUUCUACAGGAAGAGGGAGAUUACCUGUGAGAAUAACAAAGCUACUAACAGGGAAAAGGAGAAGGUAUUUGUGGCCAACCAGGAGAAGUUCCAUGCUGAGGCUGAUAAGAAUUUUUGGAAGGCCAUUGCAGAGCUCAUUCCUAAUGAAGUGCCAGCCAUAGAGAAGAAGAGAGGAAAGAAGGAUCAGGAGAAGAAGCCUGGCAUUACUGUGAUCCAAGGACCAAAGCCAGGGAAACCAACUGAACUCUCAAGGAUGAGGCAGAUACUUAUAAAAUUGAAGCACAACACACCUCCUCACCUAAAGCCUUCUCCGCCACCACCAGCAGCUCCUGCUAAGGAUACUAAAACCAGCGAUGAAGCUGCAUCUAGUGUUCCUGUCAGCGCUGCUCCUGUGUUAACCACUCCUGAGGCUGUAGCUGUUGCUUGAUUGUUGUUUCCCAUAUGCCUCCCUUGUUAGUUUACAUGUAUUAGACUUCACCGUGUAGUGUAGCUUAUCUACUAACAUGGUCAGUCAUUCCUCUGUAAAAAACAUGGUGUCCUGAACAAAGUUUAAUUCAAAGCUAAAUAUUGUUAAAACUUC